GAGCAGCUCAGCGUGCAGAGGGGAACUGCAGUGUUCGCUCUCCGGCGCAGCGGGGCGCUAUAACAACACCACACGGGUUCACCGAGACGAGAAGAAGCAGGGCUACAAUAACACAAGAGCAGGGAUAGCUGCGCUUUAGGAAAUGAGCCAAACCGGCCUUUAAGAACCCUAAACCCCGGGAGAGUGGUGUGGAGGAGCCGCGCGGACACCACCGCAGAGUUCACGUGCCGGCGCCAUGUCCGUCAGAAGAGCCGCCGCGGGGGCGCGUGCACACUAAACGUUAGCUUCUCACUCUGUCAGCUUUCCUCCCUAAUCCUCCCGUUUUUGUUUAAUGUCACUGGCCUCCAACUCCGCGUGCAGACAUGGAGAGUUUGUACAAGCGAAAAAUGUUCGCGUCCAUGCGGAAAACGAAGGUGGCUGCCUCGAAGAAGCGCCAGAUCGGCCUGCCCGCCUCGAUCCUGGACGACAGUGACGAAGGCUCCUUCUCGUCCUCCUCCUCCUCCGGGUCCCAGUCCGACUUCCAGAGCUCCCCGGAGGAGGACAGCGAGCAGCAGGAGGACCGGGACUGGAGCGACUCCGGAGCGUCGUCCAGCGACGACAGCCGCUCCGUGGCCCGCAGAAAGCGCUCCUUCCUGGGGGGCGACGACAGCUCCUCUUCGUCCAGCCCCGGCGAAGAGGACGACGAUGAGGACGACGAUGAGAAGAGGAAAGACAGCAGUAGUCCGAAGCGGAUGGUGCAGCCCCGGAAGCGCAGCAGGCUGCAGCGGCAGGACGAGUCAGACUCGGACCAGGCGGAGGAGAAGAGGAAAGAGGAGGCGGACAAAGCCAAGAGGAGGCAGAGACACAACAAGCUGCUGGCGCUGUCCAGGAGGAUGAAGGCCCGGGUCCCCAACCGGAGGAGGGGGCGCCUCAAGCAGAGUGCCGGUGACGAGGACGAAUCCAAGGAAGCUGAAGAUGAAGCUCCUCGCGAUGAAGAUAAAGAAGAAGAAGACGACAAGACAGAGACUAAAGGAAGCGAGGAGAGCGAGAAGAAGGAGGAGGAAGAGCAGGAAGAGGAGGAGAAGGAGUAGGUCUGAGACUGCCGAGUUUAAACUCUACAGAAACGUCUGCAGAUGACAGCCAGCCGUGGAGGUGCACACUUCUCUGUGGUGGACUGGGAAACCAAAGCAGUGCUGGUUUGAGGAACAGGCUGGCAUCCAUCGUGGAACCGCGUCUUCAUGUGAGGAUUCUUAGUGCUGCAGAUACGCCACUAAAAUAUCUCACACAUAUGCUUAUUUUUUUAUCAUAAACCCCUAGAGGAAUAUUUUCUCAUUAUUCUCAAAGUGUUCGUGAAACUGAGAGCUACUGAAGCUGAAGUUUGACUUUAAACCAACUUCUGAUGGAGAGCCGGUUCAUCAGCAGGGAUGCAGCUCUGGGGGUCAGUGGGGUCACGAGACCAGAGACCGCUGCUGCUGAGUGCAGCUGGGUCACCUGAAGAAACCCAAGUGUCUGGACUUUGUCAGCUUAUGCUGACCCUCUCUCCUCGAUACCACGAUUAAAAGGAGAAAGGCUACAGAGCAUUGCUAUGAGAAACAGCAGUUACUUCUGAUGUGACGAGGCUUGAUCUAUUGCACACAUUCUUACCGCAAACUCUACUGAGUCCUACAGUAUUUUAGAAACCCUUACAACCCCCUACUGAUGUACUCCAAUGAAACGUUUCUGCACUUUCCUGAACUUCUAACUACAGGUUAAAUGUUGCAACACUAAUUGGGUUUUCUCUACAUGCAUGAGACAAAAUUGAUUACUCGUUUUCAAGCAGCUCUCUCUCUCUAAAGGCUUUUUGCGUUUCCACAAUGUGAUCUUAUUUUAAUGAUCUCCAGGUUUUGAGAAACAGAUUAAAAAUAUCUGUCAUUUCAAGUUAAUCUCAGAAUCCUGAGGGGCAAGUGAAGUAUAGUUUAAUUUUGUUGAGAGAUUGUUGACAUUUGUCUGACUCUGUGCUUCCUUUUGUAACAGCAGAAUAUACUUUUCCCUUAUAGAAAGUUCAGUUUUGACGAACAGACUGUGAAGUUGGAGAGCAGUGAGUACUUUUGUUCUUAUUACCUUAAACUAGGGAUGUCCCGAUCCGAUCAUGUGAUCAGAAAUCGGGCUCGAUCAUGUGGUUGAUGACUCGAUCAAUAUCGGAUGUCUUCCCCUGAUCAGUAUCGGAUAUUUAAUUUAUUCUUGUUAUGAUCAGCGCUUUAUAUUUAAAGUUUUUUUCUUUAUAAAUACUCCACUAGAAGUCUACAUGUUAUGAACAGAUCACAAAAAGUCAUUGCUGUAAAACGCAGCAGAAUACAGCAGCAGUUUAAACAGGAGGCUAACAUAAACAUUUGAAUCACGGUAGCUACGUCACAGAUUCAGACUUCUGGGAUCAAAAACUCUUUUAAAAACGCUUUAAAAUGACAGCAAGUGUCUCUAUUGGUUUGUCUUAACGCAAACAGCAACCUAUAAAGGUAUUUCAACAGAAAAUUAGAGUUUUUGUUCGGUAUCGGCAAAUACACAAAAUCCAAUGAAUCGGAUCGGGCCCAAAAUAACCUGAUCGGGACAUCCCUAAUUUAAACCACAAAAGAGAGAAAAAGAAUGUAGUGUACAUUUGUAUCUCCCUGUUACCAUGCAAGAAGUUGCAGCUCCACAUUACAGCUCCUGACUUGUAAACAAACAAGGCCCUAAAGAUUAAAGCUUGUCCCAAAAUGGAAGAUGACCGCCAAGUCUGAUUCAAAUAAGAAAGUAUAGUGUAUAUUUUCAAUGUGUAAUGACAAAAAAAAGAAAAGUAAAUCAGUGUUCACUGUUCUGUUAUCCUAAAGACCAACCAUCAGGACAGAGGAUCUAAGGUUUUGAGGUUGAAAUGAGAGACUCCUGGUUUAAAUGGAAGCAGCAUCAGAGAAGCUGACUGAGUGUUGAGUUUUGUCAACACUAAGUAUGUCUUAUAGUUUGGUUUUUAAGCUUGUAGAGGCUGAGCAGAACUGGGUCAAACCCAGAAUGCUUUGGAAUAACAUCAACAACUCUGAUGGGAUUAAUGUAGCUGGAUUGUUAGGAUCCUCAGACUCUAUCCAUAGUCCAAAGGAAAAGUAAGUGAACCCCUGCUGAGCAACAAGUCUCUGAAUUAUCAUGUUGACUUCCAUUUUUAAUACACAGCAAAUACAACAAAAAUUCACAACUUUCUAAUAACGUUUAUUCUUCGUUUUGUAAAAAUAAUACAAGAAUGAUAAAAUGUUGGCAUUUUUUCAGCCUCCAUCUGAGCAGAUGUAGUUUGCUUUUCUGUCUCCAGCAGGUUGGAGUAACAGUGGAAGCACUUUUUAAUCUGCUAGGAUCAAGCAGGGCUUUGGAAAUCUUUGGAAACACAGACAGCAAGAACAGCUCCUGACAUCCUGUCCAUAAACAGUUAAAGAUCUAGAAGUUUAAAGUUCAGCCGCAUCAAAACAGCACCAAGUUGUCCUUUUCCUAAUAGAACUGUGAGACGUUGGUGCAAAUGCUCAAGAGGACUUUGUAAUGUUCUGUACAUUAGCAGCUCGUUCCUCAGAGGAAACUUCAUUUCUUGUUUUAUUCAGGUUUAUUGUAAGGUAAUGGAAAUGGUUGAUCUUAAAGCUGCAAACUGAUCCAAGUUUAGUCUCCAGUGCAAAUAAGGAUCAUUCUUUCAUUGUUGUUUUUCUUGGAAGGAGUUGCAUUUAUUUUACUGUGUUGUGAAUAAAUAUACAGUGAUUACUCUUAGAACUAUUUGGAGUAGCUGACCUCAGUAUCUGCUUUUACUGUUCAAAUCACAGUGAUGCUCUUGUGUCUCCACAGGGACAAUUAUAUCCUAAAUCUGAACUUUAUGGUUUUGUAUUUUUUCAAUAUUAUUGUCUGUAUUCAUAACGACUGUAGAGGAGUGGCUGACAUUAAUAAGUCAGGUUCUUUGACAGUUUUAGAGCUGUGUGGCCUUUUCUUUUUCAACAAAAGCUGUGUAUAUACAGUACAUAUGUACAUACAUAACUUUCAUUCAUUAGUGUUGUGCACCUCAUGGUUUUCAGUGUGUUUCUGCUCUGUGGCUGCAGACCAACCUGUUGUAUUAAACUCCUGGUUUAUUGA